GUGGCCCCUUUGCAUUGACCCGCAGGGCCAGGCAAACCGGUGGAUCAAGAAGAUGGGUCAGCCGCUGCAAAUCGUGGUGGCCAAGUUUACGGAUGGCGACUACCUGAAGCGCCUGGAAGGAUGCAUCCAGUUCGGGAACCCAAUGCUCAUUGAAAACAUGUUGGAGGACACAGAUCCCGCUGUGGAGCCCGUGCUUCUUCGACAGACCUUCAAGAAGGGCAAUGCGGUAAUGAUCAAGCUCGGCGAGACGACGAUGGAGUGGCAGAAAGAUUUCAAGUUCUACCUCACCACAAAGCUCCGAAAUCCGCACUACCUGCCAGAGGUUGCCGUGAAGGUCACGCUGCUUAACUUCAUGAUCACGCAGGCAGGGUCUAUGUUUUAG